AUGUUUAUUAAUUAUGGAUCAGGGCAACAACAAAGCAAAAGUGCUGCAAAAUACAGGAAAAUUUGUCAGCGAAACGCGAGCUGAAGGGGACGACUUUUUUAACGAAGUUGGGUACCGACAAUCGCGGGAGAAUGAUAAAAUCGACUCCAAAUAUGGUUUCGAUCGUGUCAAGGACAGUCUGGAGCGCACCGGCUACCUCAUUAAUAUGCAUUCCACAGAAGUGCUUGAUGAGGAUAGGCGACUGGCUGCCGCAUUAGAUCUAUUCUUUAUACAAAUGGACGGUACUCGUUUUAAGUGCACUGUUCCCUACAAACCAUACCUGCUUAUAAGGCCGGAUGACAAUAUGCAUCUGGAAGUGGCGCGUUUCCUGGGCCGCAAAUAUUCCGGCCAGAUUGCUGGCUUGGAGCACAUCAUCAAAGAGGAUCUGGACCUGCCCAAUCACUUAUCUGGCCUGCAGCAGCGCUAUCUCAAACUGUCCUUCCUCAAUCAAACAGCCAUGACGAAAGUUCGUCGGGAACUGAUGUCGGCAGUGCGACGUAACAAGGAGCGCGAAAAGUCCAACACCUACUACAUGCAAAUGUUGGCAUCUUCGUUGGCUCAGUCGUCCAACAGUGAGGAUGGUGGGGGUAAGCGACAGCUGGACUAUAUGGACUGCAUCAUGGAUAUUCGGGAGCACGAUGUGCCGUACCAUGUCCGGGUCUCCAUCGAUUUGCGCAUCUUCUGCGGCCAAUGGUAUAACAUACGUUGUCGCAGUGGAGACGAAAUGCCUUUGGUCACAGCACGACCCGAUAUUUUGGAUCGACCCGAGCCCGUCGUAUUGGCCUUUGAUAUAGAGACGACAAAAUUGCCGCUUAAGUUUCCCGACGCUCAAACCGAUCAAAUUAUGAUGAUUUCGUACAUGAUCGACGGGCAGGGCUAUUUGAUAACAAAUCGCGAGAUUAUAUCUUCAGAUGUUAAUGAUUUUGAGUACACGCCCAAGCCCGAAUUCGAAGGGAAUUUCAUAGUUUGCAAUGAGGAGAAUGAAAUGCAUCUGCUGCAGAAAUUUUUUGAUCACAUAAUGGAGGUGCGUCCUCACAUUGUCGUCACCUACAACGGCGACUUUUUCGAUUGGCCAUUUGUGGAGACACGCGCGGCCGUCUACGAUUUGGAUAUGAAGCAAGAAAUUGGCUUCUCGAAGGUGCGCGAUGGCAACUAUCUGAGUCGUCCGUCCAUACACAUGGAUUGUCUCUGCUGGGUAAAGCGUGAUUCCUAUCUGCCCGUGGGUUCGCAGGGUCUAAAGGCGGUGGCCAAGGCAAAACUGCGCUACGAUCCAGUUGAGCUAGAUCCUGAGGAUAUGUGUCGCAUGGCUGUGGAACAGCCGCAGGUGCUGGCCAAUUAUUCGGUGUCCGAUGCUGUGGCAACCUAUUAUCUGUACAUGAAGUAUGUACAUCCGUUUAUUUUUGCUUUAAACACCAUUAUUCCCAUGGAACCGGAUGAGAUCUUGCGCAAGGGAUCGGGCACAUUGUGUGAGACCCUGCUGAUGGUGGAGGCCUAUCAUGCUAACAUCGUGUACCCCAAUAAGCAUCAGAGUGAACUGAACAAGUUGUCCAACGAGGGACAUGUGCUGGAUUCCGAAACCUAUGUAGGCGGCCAUGUGGAGGCCCUGGAAUCUGGAGUAUUUCGUGCAGAUAUACCUUGUCGAUUUCGCCUCGAUCCAAAUAUGGUAAAACAAUUGAUGGAACAUGUCGAUGCAGUUCUGAAGCAUGCCAUUGAAGUGGAGGAGGGCAUACCGCUGGAGAAGGUGACCAAUCUAGCUGAGGUUAAGCAGGAAAUAUCGCAGGGCUUGCAAGGUCUUCAUGACAUACCUAAUCGCUUAGAACAGCCGGUCAUUUAUCAUUUGGAUGUGGGUGCUAUGUAUCCCAACAUUAUUCUGACUAAUCGCUUGCAGCCCUCGGCCAUGGUCAGCGACAUGGAUUGCGCCGCUUGUGAUUUCAACAAGCCCGGUGUACGCUGUAAGCGCUCUAUGGAUUGGCUCUGGCGAGGUGAAAUGUUGCCCGCCUCCCGCAAUGAGUUCCAGCGUAUACAACAGCAGCUGGAAACGGAGAAAUUUCCGCCACUCUUUCCGGGCGGACCCACCCGUGCCUUUCACGAACUCUCCAAAGAGGAUCAAGCAGCUUAUGAGAAGAAACGUCUGUCCGACUAUUGCCGGAAGGCGUACAAAAAGACUAAGAUUACCAAACUGGAGACACGAAACUCGACCAUUUGCCAAAAGGAGAACAGUUUCUAUGUGGAUACGGUACGCGCCUUUCGCGAUCGUCGCUACGAAUACAAGGGUCUGACCAAAGUGGCCAAAGCUUCAGUAAACGCGGCCGUUGCUUCGGGCGAUGCUGCUGAGAUUAAGGCGGCAAAGGGCCGCGAAGUGCUGUAUGAUUCGCUCCAGCUGGCACACAAGUGUAUUCUGAACUCCUUCUAUGGCUAUGUGAUGCGCCGGGGAGCGCGUUGGCACUCGAUGCCUAUGGCUGGCAUUGUGUGUCUAACCGGCUCGAAUAUCAUCACGAAAGCACGUGAGAUUAUUGAGCGAGUGGGUCGACCCUUGGAGCUAGACACUGAUGGUAUUUGGUGCAUAUUACCCGGCUCAUUCCCGCAGGAAUUUACGGUGCAUACGACACACGAAAAGAAAAAGAAAAUCAACAUUUCAUACCCAAAUGCUGUGCUUAAUACCAUGGUCAAAGAUCACUUUACCAACGACCAAUAUCAUGAGCUGCGCAAAUCCGAAAAUGCCAACGAACCGCCCAAGUAUGACAUACGUGAGGAAAAUUCGAUUUUCUUUGAGGUGGAUGGUCCCUAUCUGGCGAUGGUGCUACCUGCCGCCAAAGAGGAGGGCAAAAAGCUGAAGAAACGCUAUGCGGUCUUCAAUUUCGAUGGCUCCUUGGCGGAGUUGAAGGGCUUUGAAGUGAAGCGGCGUGGCGAAUUGCAACUGAUAAAGAAUUUUCAGAGCUCUGUAUUCGAAGCGUUUCUAGCGGGCAGCACACUGGAGGAAUGCUAUGCCUCGGUGGCCAAAGUCGCCGACUAUUGGUUAGACGUUCUGUACAGUCGUGGCUCCAAUUUGCCCGAUUCAGAGCUAUUUGAGUUGAUUGCCGAGAACAAAUCUAUGUCGAAGAAACUGGAGGAAUAUGGCGCACAAAAAAGCACUUCCAUAUCAACAGCUAAACGUCUAGCCGAGUUUCUGGGCGAGCAAAUGGUCAAAGAUGCGGGUCUAGCUUGCAAGUAUAUCAUUUCGAAGAAGCCUGAAGGGGCGCCAGUCACAGAACGGGCCAUCCCAUUGGCCAUAUUUCAGUCAGAGCCGAGUGUGCGACGCCAUCACUUGCGUCGUUGGCUGAAGGACAACACUAUGGGCGAUGCGGACAUACGCGAUGUGCUGGACUGGAAUUACUAUAUCGAGCGGUUGGGUGGCACUAUUCAAAAGAUUAUCACCAUACCGGCUGCCCUGCAGGGUCUGGCAAAUCCUGUGCCACGCGUCCAGCAUCCGGAUUGGCUGCACAAGAAAAUGCUGGAGAAAAAUGAUGUGCUAAAGCAGCGUCGCAUCAAUGAGAUGUUCACAGCACGUCCGAAGCCAAAACCGGCACUGGAUACGGAAGAUAAGGAUCUAGAGCUGGCUGACAUGGAAGAUCUGGCCGGCAGGGAUGGCGGAUCGGAGUUAGACGGCCGUCCCAUAGUAACCAAGAGGAAACGCAUUGAGCUCGAGGAUGACACCCCGACAGAAAAUACAACGCCUGCGCCUACCACUUGGCGCCAAGCCCUUGGUCCCCCGCCUCCCAUUGGCGAGACACGCAAGAGUAUUAUGGAUUGGGUGCGUUUCCAAAAGCGCAAAUGGGCCUGGCAACUAGAGCAGCGCCAACGCUAUCGGCAGCAGAACAAACGCUCGCGCAACGACAACAGUGACCAGAGCGCCCAAGUUGGGGCCCGAGCUACAACCUCAACGGCCACGCUUGGGGGAUUUUUACGGCGCACUCAACGCACUUUGAUUGACCAGCAGUGGCAAAUUUUGCAGAUAGUCCCAGUCGACGAUCUGGGCCACUUCACUGUUUGGGCCAUGAUUGGCGAUGAACUGCAUCGCAUCAAGUUGAAUGUGCCGCGCAUUUUCUACGUGAAUCAACGCAGUGCUGCGCCGCCGGAAGAGGGGCAGUUGUGGCGGAAGGUGAAUCGCGUAUUGCCCCGCUCGCGACCGGUUUACAAUCUCUAUCGCUACAGUGUGCCGGAACAGGUGUUCCGGGACAAUUGUCUGGGCAUGUUGGCAGAUUUAGCGACGCCGGACAUCGAGGGCAUCUAUGAGACUCAGAUGACGCUGGAGUUUCGUGCACUAAUGGACCUGGGCUGUAUUUGUGCGGUGCAGCGCGACGAGGCGCGUCGUCUGGCCGCUUUGUCCACCAAGGAUCUGGAGAAUUUCUCCAUCGAGCAGCUGGAACAGCGCCCACAAUCGCACAUCAAGUACUUGCAACAAGCGAGUAACAAGCUAAGAAAGAUCUAUCUAUAUCAGCAUAACAUACCCACGGCCAAGAAGGAGAUUUGGGCACUCUUCCUGCUGUCUAGCAAGCGUGCCUAUAUAUUUGGUCUGGACACGGUGCGCGCCAAUCAAAUGCCAAAUAUGAAGCAACUCUACACAGCGGAACGGUUGGCGCUUAUUAAGAACUUGCAGCAGUCAGCAGAUGUCGAGAAAAUCCCCCCAGAAGAUUUCACCUUUGAAGUGCUUAUCGAGGUUGAUGUGAAACAGAUCUACAGGCAUAUACAGCGUGCGCUCUCUAGCUACAAGCAGGAACAGCGCGGACCCACAAUGCUCUGCAUGCAGACAGCGAUCGAGGCGAGGAAAUUGAGUUCUGCAAUGCCCAUAUUGUUGGAUUACCCACAGGCUCAGAUACACAUCUCAGAUGAUGCGUCGCUGCUCUCCGGCUUGGAUUGGCAGCGUCAGGGCACACGAGCCGUAAUUCGACACUUCCUGAACCUGAACAAUGUGGUCGACUUAAUGUUGGAUCAGUGUCGGUAUUUUCAUGUGCCCAUUGGAAACAUGCCACCAGAUACGGUGCUAUUUGGUGCUGAUCUCUUCUUUGCACGUCUGCUGCAGAAACACAAUUUUGUGUUGUGGUGGUCGGAGACCACACGCCCAGAUUUGGGCGGACGUGAGGCGGAUGACAGUCGUCUGUUGGCCGAAUUCGAGGAGAGCAUCAGUGUGGUGCAGAAUCGUGCCGGAUUCUAUGGCGAUGUGUGCGUGGAGCUGGCAUUGGAUAGCUUGGCAGUAAGUGCACUUCUGCAGUCCACGAAAAUCCAGGAAAUGGAGGGCGCCUCCUCGGCCAUCACAUUUGAUGUGAUGCCACAGGCAUCGCUGGAGGAAAUGAUUGGCACGGUGCCAGCGGCUACAUUGCCCAGCUAUGAUGAGACCGCUCUGUGCUCCGCAGCUUUUCGCGUGAUGCGCUCCAUGGUAAAUGGUUGGCUCCGGGAGGUAUCUAUUAAUCAGAACAUAUUCUCCGAUUUUCAAAUCGUCCAUUUCUAUCGGUGGGUGCGAUCCAGUAAUGCCUUGAUGUAUGAUCCGGCUUUGAGGCGUUCGCUAAACAAUCUCAUGCGUAAAAUGUUCCUGCGGAUCAUUGCGGAGUUUAAGCGUCUGGGCGCCACGAUAGUCUAUGCGGACUUCAAUCGCAUUAUUUUGAGUUCGGGCAAGAAAACCGUGUCCGACGCCUUGGGCUAUGUGGACUAUAUUGUGCAGAGUCUGCGUAACAAGGAAAUGUUCCACUCCAUACAGCUGAGCUUUGAGCAGUGCUGGAACUUUAUGCUUUGGUUGGAUCAGGCGAAUUUUUCGGGCAUCCGCGGAAGGCUGCCCAAGGGCAUUGAUGAGACAGCCUCUAUCGUGACGGCUAGUGGGACAAUGCAUCGUCCAACCGAAACAAUAAGUGACGAUGAAGACGACGAUGAUAAUAACGAUGGCGAGAGGCCGGAGCGGGAUUGCGAAGUGAUUUCGGCAACAGAUGCUGCGGAGGAGGAGGAACCAGAGCUAUCGCUGGACCUAAAUUGGACCAUUGGCGAACGGCUGCCGGAUGAAAAUGAAUGUCGAGAGAAGUUCGAAACGCUGCUCACACUCUUUAUGCAGUCGCUCGCGGAGCACAAGACUACCCAACAGGCCAUCAAGGAUAUAUCGCAUUGUGCCUUUGAUUAUGUGCUGAAGUUGCAUAAGAAUUAUGGCAAGGGCAAAACCAGCCCUGGCUUGGAGCUGAUACGCACAAUUGUGAAGGUGUUGAGUGUGGACAAGAGUCUGGCCGAGCACAUCAAUGAGCUGAGACGUAACAUGUUGAGACUUGUGGGCGUGGGCGAGUUCUCAGACUUGGCCGAAUGGAACGAUCCGAGCGACAGUUAUAUCAUAAACGAGGUGAUAUGUAAAGCUUGCAAUCACUGUCGCGAUCUAGAUCUGUGCAAGGACAAGCACCGAGCAAUGAAGGAUGGCAUACCCGUUUGGCUGUGCGCCCAGUGCUAUGUAGCGUAUGACAACGAGGAGAUUGAGAUGCGUAUGAUUGAUGUCGUCCAGCGCAAAAUGAUGUCGUAUGUUCUGCAGGACUUGCGAUGUGCCCGCUGCAAUGAGAUAAAGCGCGACAAUUUGGCUGAGUUUUGCACCUGUGCCGGUAACUUUGUGCCCUUGAUAGGCGGCAAGGAUAUCGAGGCGCUGUUGCACACAUUCACCAAGGUAGCGGGCUACCAUAAGAUGCAGUUGCUCCAGCAGACGGUGCAGCAGGUCAUCAGCACACGUUAGCUUAAAGAAACAGAAUGUGUUGAAUAACAGUUUUUGAUUUGUUCUACGAACCCUUCUAUGUAAUUUAUAUUGUUUUUAUUUUAUUUUAACACGCAAUUACUUGGUAGCUCCGCUCUGGCUGUUGUUGUUGCUGUUGUUGUGUGAUAGGAAAACUUAAAACAAUUUUAACUUCAUUAAACGAAAAGUUCUUAA